AUGCGUGUUGCUGUCUGUGGGACGGUCGGCUCUGGAAAAUCAAGCUUGCUCUCUUGCAUUCUUGGUGAGGUGCCAAAGCUAUCAGGAGAGGUAAAGACUUGCGGAACAAUGGCGUAUGUCAGCCAGACGGCAUGGAUACAGAGUGGCAAAAUUCAGGACAACAUACUGUUCGGCAAGGAGAUGGACAGUGAGAAGUAUGACAGGGUCCUUGAGUGGUGUUCGCUGAAGAAAGAUUUGGAGAUCUUGCCAUUCGGCGACAAGACAUUCAUUGGAGAGAGAGGCAUUAAUCUUAGUGGAGGGCAGAAGCAAAGGAUUCAGAUAGCCCGAGCUUUGUAUCAGGAUGCCGACAUCUAUGUGUUCGAUGAUCCGUUCAGCGCAGUCGAUGCUCAUACAGGAUCCCACCUUUUCAAGGUAAUGAAAGACGGGAGAAUAGCGCAAGCAGGCAGAUACAACGAAAUACUUGGUUCAGGGGAAGAGCUAAUGGAACUGGUUGGUGCUCACCAGCAUGCUCUCACAGCAUUGGAUGUGAUUGAUGUUGCUAAUGGAGGCAGUGAGAAAUUAUCUUCAAGCCUAUCCAGGUCACUGUCAUCAGCUGAAGAGAAGGACAAACAAAAUGGCAAAGAAGACGGUGACAAGGUUCAAAGUGGGCAGCUGGUGCAGGAAGAAGAAAGGGAGAAAGGCAGGGUGGGGUUCUGGGUCUACUGGAAGUACCUCACAUUGGCUUACGGCGGAGCUCUCGUACCAUUCGUGUUGAUAGCACAGCUACUUUUCCAAGUACUUCAGAUUGCUAGCAAUUACUGGAUGGCUUGGGCUUCUCCUGUAUCAGAAGACGCCGAGCCUCCAGUGAGCAUGUCGACACUGAUCUACGUCUUUGUGGCAUUGGCUGUUGCAAGUUCCCUGUGCAUCCUCGUAAGGGCAUUGUUGGUUGUCACAGCUGCAUACAAAACGGCAACUCUGUUGUUCAACAAGAUGCAUAUGGCCAUAUUCAGAGCUCCUAUGUCUUUCUUCGAUUCCACUCCAAGUGGGCGCAUCUUGAAUAGAGCUUCAACUGAUCAAAGCGAAGUGGAUACAUAUAUCGCUAACCAGAUGGGUUAUGUUGCGUUUUCCAUCAUACAACUAGUUGGAAUUAUUGUGGUGAUGUCUCAGGUAGCAUGGCAGGUGUUCGUUGUUUUCGUUCCUGUAAUCAUUAUCUUCUUGUGCUACCAGCGCUAUUACAUUGAGACGGCCAGAGAGCUGCAAAGGCUGGUAGGGGUUUGCAAAGCUCCUAUCAUACAACAUUUUGCAGAAUCAAUUAGUGGAUCAACAACCAUCAGAAGUUUUGGCAAAGAAAAUCAGUUUGUAUUAACUAAUAGCCAUCUAAUAGAUGCCGACUCUCGACCGAAAUUCUACAACGCUGCAGCAAUGGAGUGGCUUUGUUUCCGCUUGGAUACGCUGUCGUCCUUUACAUUUGCAUUUGCUUUGAUAUUUCUGAUCAGUCUACCAACUGGUAUCAUUGAUCCAGGUAUUGCUGGUCUCGCCGUCACAUAUGGGCUUAACUUGAACACGUUGCAAGCAUGGGUUGUCCGGAGCAUGUGCAAUUUGGAGAACAAGAUCGUAUCAGUAGAAAGAAUUCUGCAAUACAUAAGCAUUCCUGAAGAGCCUCCACUUUCAACGUCAGGAGAUAAGUUGCCCCAUAACUGGCCAUCAGAGGGAGAAAUUCGGCUUCGUAAUCUCCAUGUGAGAUAUGCUCCACAACUACCAUUUGUUCUGAAGGGCCUUUCAGUCACUUUUCCUGGAGGCAUGAAGACUGGUAUUGUUGGAAGAACGGGCAGUGGUAAAUCAACACUCAUACAGGCCCUAUUCCGUAUUGUCGAGCCUACCGUGGGUCAGAUACUGGUAGAUGGUGUUGACAUCUGCACCAUCGGGCUGCAUGAUCUGAGAUCUAGACUUAGCAUCAUUCCACAAGAUCCAACGAUGUUUGAGGGAACUGUGAGGAGCAACCUUGACCCUCUUAACGAAUACAACGACGAUCAGAUCUGGGAGUCCUUGGAUAACUGUCAGCUGGGAGAUGAGGUCAGGAGGAAGGAGCUGAAACUCGACUCACCAGUGAUAGAGAAUGGAGAGAACUGGAGCGUGGGCCAGCUCCAGCUUGUCUGUCUUGGUAGGGUGAUUCUGAAACAAACCAAGAUACUGGUUCUGGACGAAGCCACUGCUUCAGUGGAUACCGCGACAGACAACAUGAUUCAGAGAACACUACGUGAGAAUUUCUCGGAGGCGACGGUCAUCACGAUUGCGCAUCGGAUCACCUCGGUCCUUGACAGCGACAUGGUCUUGCUCCUCGACGAUGGCGUGGCCGUGGAGCGUGACUCGCCGGCCAACCUGCUGGAGAACAAGUCGUCUCUGUUCUCAAAGCUUGUGGCAGAGUACACGAUGAGAGCGACGCACUCGUAG